GACUCAAACUUUUGUCUUCAUCAAAACCCAAUUCCACAAUAAUGAACGAAGAGAUGAGCGGGGAGUCACCGGAGAAUAAAUACGUAAGUAAACCGACGAUGCCCGAAAAGAUCGAUUACGUGUUCAAAGUGGUAGUCAUCGGAGAUUCUGCAGUCGGCAAAACGCAGCUCCUUUCACGUUUUACACAGAACGAGUUCUGUUAUGAUUCAAAAUCCACCAUUGGUGUCGAGUUUCAGACACGUACGAUCACUCUACAUGGCAAACUCGUCAAAGCUCAGAUCUGGGAUACCGCCGGUCAAGAAAGAUACAGAGCGGUGACGAGCGCGUAUUACAGAGGCGCGUUAGGUGCGAUGGUCGUUUACGACAUAACCAAACGCGCCUCAUUCGACCACGUGGCACGUUGGGUUGAAGAAUUACGUGCUCACGCCGAUGAUUCCGCCGUGAUCAUGCUCGUCGGUAACAAAGCCGAUCUCGCCGCCGAUCAACGCGCCGUUCCGACGGAGGACGCCGUCGAAUUCGCCGAGGCCCAACGGCUUUAUUUCUCGGAAGUCUCGGCUCUCAGCGGCGGAAACGUCGACGACGCUUUUUUCCGUUUACUCGAGGAGAUAUUCAGUCGCGUUGUUGUUUCGAGAAAAGCUAUGGAAUCUGACGGUGGAACUACCGUGAAGCUUGACGGUUCGAGAAUCGAUGUGAUCUCUGGUUCGGAUCUUGAUAUUAGUAAGCCGAAUCAACAAUCUCCAUGUUCUUGUUGAUUUUUGAUUUUUGAGUGAUGGGUCGAGUAUGGGCCAAAUACAUGAAAGCCAAUUAAUGGGCUUUAUCGAGGCUCAUACAUAACCCGAAUCUUCGUUUAUGGGGUUUUCAUAUUUCUGGUGGUAGUAGGAAAGCAGCCA